AUUCUCCACUUUGGUGUUGGUGACGAGGAAAAAGGGAUUUGAUAGGAAGUGAUUACAGCAACAACCACAAGGAGGGGCGAGAGGCCAAAGCCAAAGACGGUAGACUGGCCUAGUGCUUGUUUUGGUGUUACUUUCUACACACUUCCUUGCUAUUUACUUACUUAUGGCUACCUACUUGGGACACGAAAUCCCAGACAUCGUCGUCAAAAGUCUCUUCAGUAAAUACGAUAAAGACAGCAGUGGGUCACUAUCGCCAGAAGAAGUUAAAACCUUACUGGUUGAGGAUUUAGCCAUAAGCAAAGAUGAAGUCGAUGCCUUUGCCUUGUUAAUGGACCGAGACGCCAGUAAUAGAGUUACUUUAGAGGAGUUUACAAAAUUUUUACGUGACCCAAACCAAUCAGGUUUGAUAAGGGACCCUACUGGCUCCAAAUACCAUAUACUUUUGCAAGCUGUGAAUUACUUUAGACAGUAUGAUGUUGAUCAAAGUGGUGCUCUUGAAACGAAUGAAUUUUCAAAAUUGAUGCAGUCACUGCAAGUGAAAGAGGAAGCUGUUGCUGCAGCUCUGAACGGCAUCGACAAGGAUCACAACGGGAAAAUAUCAUUUAAUGAAUUCUUAAAAUGGUUAAACUGGAUUCCCAUUGAUGAUAUAUAAUAAUAUAUGUUAUUGUACCUUACAGAGUAUGAUGUCCUCGCAGCCUAAUUUGAUUGUGAUCAACAGUUGUCAGACCACGACUGAAAUGUUUUGAUUAUUUUUCACAAGUUUGGAUGAAAGAAAUCUGACCUGCACCCAUGCCUCCUAAAUAAGUGGGAGUUAUAGGUUUCACCCUGCCUUGUAAUUUGAAAAUGUUUAAAGUUCAAGACAAAAUACACUUUGGUCAAUCAGAGACCAUGGAAGUGGGAGUGAGAGUGGCUGAUGCCCCCCUCCCCAAUAAUUCCCAAAUUGUAAUAAAAGUCAUGCAAUAAAUAAUUAUUUUGUUUGGUUUCAAAAUAUCCUUCGUUAGAAUCAUAGAUAAAUUCAAAUUUUCUAUGCCAAACAUGUAGCAAUGAUAGAUAAAUCAGUUUUGCUCCAGCUACCAGGCUAGAUUUUUAAAAAGUGAAAUUCAGUAACAACACAUAUUUUUAGGACAGAGCAAAAAGGGGCAAAAAAAUUAAAGUUUUAAGAUUAUUUGUGUCAUGUUUCUUAUUGAAGGAGAAAUUAAAGAAGAGUUGGUUUGAAAAAAUAUGGAACAUAAAAAGCACAAAACAUCAGAGACAAAGAAUUUCAAAAGCACACUAUUUAGGAGUAGUUUUCUGUACUUUGAACCUAAAUUCCACAAAUUUGGUGGGGAUCGAGAGAUUAUUUUUAUAUUUUAAUUCUCUGACAUGGUAUUAUUUUCUGUACUUAAUCUACAAAUUCUCAGUAAGCAUAUUUAUUUAAAUGUCUAAGACUCAUAGCAAAUCAUAUAUGUUUUUAAUAUGGCCAGGCACUGCUGACCAUGGGGGUUUGGGGCCCCUUUACCUGACACUCCACCAUGCUUGAUUGUGACAUAGAAUGGUGUAAAGAAAAGAGCUCUGAAUAAAUUUGAUUAAAUUAAGUCUUGAUGGAAAUUAAGGAAGUUUUCUCUGAAGAAGAUGAAAUUUAAAGCCCUUAGAUCUUUUCAAAAGGGAACCUCCAUCUAAAUUGCAAACUGGAAGAAUAUAACCAAAAAGAGCAGUUACAUUUCUUCUUAGAUCUUCAAAGGUCAAAAUCAAUAUGAAAUCAUGAUAAAUCGUGCUUUUAAAUAUGGUUAGAGCAAAUAGUGAUUUUGAUUUGCUUAGAGGCAGUUCCCCAGUCUUCCCAUCUGUAUGAGAAAUUCUGUUGUCAUGGACAGCCUUCUAUCGAUAGUUGUCAUGCUAAGGGGUGUAUUGGGCAAGCCUAUGCAUCAAGUUUUCACAUUUUUCAGAUGAUUCACAAUUUCUUAAUCACAAGAAGUUGGAGAAUAAAUUUCAGAAGUUGGAGAAUAAACUUCUUGGCAAGCCAAUCUAAUUGAGACAUUACUUUUGUCACAGGGAUGUUGCUGUAAAAAGGCCUUCCAAAAAACUCCCAUAAACGAAAGUAAAAGUAUAAAAGACUACUUUUUGUCAUUAAAAUAAGGGUUAAGCCCUUCUUAGCCCCCAGCUCUACAAUCCUGGUUUUUCAGAAUUUGUAGUGAGAAAUGCCCCCUUUGCAGUUAACCCAUGAUAUCUCUGGCUGAUUAAUACAAGUUAAUUUAAAUACACUUGUUCAGGAUGCUGCAUUUUUUCCAAACCAACAUGCUGUAAAAUCUCAAAAGAAAUGGCUAAGUUUGGUUUGCAUUCUUGUUAUCCGAAAUUACCCCAAUUUUAGGCUAAAUUUGAUUAUUUAGCAUAAGUAUUAAUUUCUUCCAGAAGUACAAAUGCUUUUCUGUAGCUUUGUUGGGUUAGGAUUUGAUCUAAUCUGUUUUCCAGAUGCUAUUUCUACUUGGGUUGAAAAUCCAUAAUGAACCUAUUUGGAUUGGACUAUCAUACUCACGCAAAUAUUUAUCUAAACUCGAAAAUAUCGAUUUACACGUGUCGCCAUAAGUAUGUUUACGAACUGCUUAUAGAAA